UUAUCUUACCAAGACUUCCUCCUGAUGUUCGUGAAAUAGUCUCUGUCACUCAUAAUGAAACUCCAUUUUAUACCAAUGAUGGUAUGCACAAGUCAAUUGGAUGUCUCAAACUUUCAGAGUAUGAACGUUGUGUAAACGAUCUGCUUCCUGAUGAUUCGCAUAUUAAACUUAAACAUACCAAAGCCUGUAUUAUUAUUUAUCCAGGUUCAAAUCAAAAUGCACAGUUUAUAUUUGAUAAUAGUAGUAAUCAUAGUGUGUUUGCUAAAGAUGCUUUAUUGGUCUCACAAAUGAACAUGGGUGAUGGUACUAAAAUGCCACUUCUUCAUAAUAGCAUUAAGCCGGAUGGUUCUCUACACAUAAUGACAUAUAUAGAUGACAAAGAGAUAAUUGAAGCAGCUAGUCAUAUGUGCAUCUUUUACCCUAAGUUUCAUUAUAAACUUAACUAUAUUGAAUCUUUUUGGGCUAAAGCAAAACAUGUUGCAAGACUUUAUUGUGAUUACAGCUUUAGGGGCCUCAAAAGAACUGUUUCAAGAGUAUUAAACUCUAUUAAUUUAAUAAAGAUUUGUCGCUUUGCUCGUCAUUUUGAACGCUUUAUGAGUGUCUAUAAACUUGAACUUUCUGGAAAGGUUGCUGCCUUUGUAGUAAAGAAAUAUCGCUCUUAUCAUCAAAUUCCGAAAAAAGUUCUUGAAGAAUUCGCACAUAACUAG